AUGCUCACCGCGCGCGGCUUUCGUCGGCUCGUGGCGGCUGUCUGCCUCGCACGCCGGUCCGCGUCGGCUGUGGCGGCACUCCCCGGUGCCGGCGCCGCGCGGUUCCACGACUACGACGCCGCCAUCACGGAGUGUGUCGAGAGGCGGGCGCUCCGCGAGGGGCGGCAGGUGCACGCGCGCAUGGUGGCCGCGGGGUACCGCCCGGCGCUGUACCUGGCGACGCGGCUGGUGAUCAUGUACGCCAGGUGCGGCGUGCUGGAGGACGCGCGGAACGUGCUCGAUGGGAUGCCCGAGCGGAACGUGGUCUCGUGGACGGCAAUGAUCUCGGGGUAUUCUCAGAACGAACGGCCUGACGAGGCCUGGGAGCUGUUCAUCAUGAUGCUCAGAGCUGGAUGCGAGCCUAACGAAUUCACUUUGGCAUCCGUCCUUACCUCCUGUACUGGCUCUGAAGGCAUACACCAGGUCAAGCAAGUCCAUGCUUUUGCCGUCAAGACAAAUUUUGAGUUACACAUGUUUGUAGGGAGUUCCCUUCUUGACAUGUAUGCCAAGUCAGAGAAUAUCCAAGAAGCUCGUAGGGUGUUUGAUAUGCUUCCUGCAAGGGAUGUUGUUUCCUAUACCGCCAUUUUAUCUGGCUACACCCAACUGGGCCUUGAUGAGGAAGCCCUGGACUUGUUCAGGCAGUUGUACAAUGAGGGGAUGCAAUGCAACCAAGUUACAUUCACAGCCCUUCUCAAUGCAUUGUCUGGACUUUCUUCCAUGGAUUAUGGCAAGCAGAAUUCUUUGAUUGAUAUGUACUCUAAAUGUGGCAAGCUGUUAUACUCACGAAGGGUAUUUGACAAUAUGCCUGAGAGAUCAGUAGUUAGUUGGAAUGCUAUGCUUAUGGGAUAUGGAAGGCAUGGCUUAGCACAUGAAGUUGUUCAGCUCUUCAGAUCUAUGCGUGACGAAGUGAAGCCUGACAGUGUUACUCUGUUGGCUGUUUUGUCUGGCUAUAGUCAUGGUGGUCUGGUUGAUGAGGGCCUUGAUAUGUUUGAUCAUAUAGUUAAAGAGCAGAGCACACUCCUCAAUAUUGAACAUUAUGGAUGUGUUAUUGAUCUUCUUGGACGUUCUGGACAACUUCAGAAGGCACUAAAUUUGAUAGAAAAGAUGCCAUUUCAACCAACUCGAGCAAUUUGGGGUUCAUUGCUUGGUGCUUGUAGAGUUCAUACUAAUGUUCAUGUCGGCGAGUUUGUUGCGCAGAAGCUUCUUGACAUCGAACCGGAAAAUGCUGGCAACUAUGUGAUCCUUUCUAACAUUUAUGCUGCUUCUGGGAUGUGUGAGCGUUUCCACCCCAGGAAGGAAGAUAUAAAUGCUAAAAUUAAGGAGAUAUAUGUUGCUAUUAAAGCAGCUGGCUUUGUUCCUGACCUGAGCUGUGUGCUUCAUGAUGUUGAUGAUGAGCAGAAAGAACGUAUGCUUCUUGGCCACAGUGAGAAGCUGGCCAUAACUUUUGGACUGAUGAGUACUCCUUCAGGCACCAUCCAGGUUAUGAAGAAUCUUCGCAUCUGUGUUGACUGCCACAAUUUUGCAAAGUUUGUCUCAAAAGUUUAUGGAAGAGAGAUAUCCCUCAGAGACAAAAAUCGCUUUCAUCUAAUUACAGAAGGAGCAUGCACCUGUGGAGAUUACUGGUGA